GACGGCCCACUUUACCUGGAUUCACAGGUAACCAGAUCCCUAGGCCGUUAGAGAAACUAAUGGAAUUACACAACAUGAACGACAGUGUUUGGACACAAAUGGAAUCUAAUUCUUAAGUUCAAUAUCAAGGUGUGUACCUAAUACAUUGACAUUAGAAAGGCUGCGAGAUACUGCCUGGAUUCCCAGGGGACAAUACCUCCGGGAAAGACUACAUCCAUUUAAUCGUUCUGUCGUGCUGCUGCUGACACCUCUAACUCUCUUGGGGGAGUCAAUGUGAAGCAAAUAGGAAGCACUCAUCCUCUUUUUUUUUUAAAGGAGUAGUAUUUUUUUUUUUAAAUCUACCUGAAGCCAAUCGUAUUCAUGUAGAAAUAAAUCUGUGGGUUAUCUCCCUUGCGUACAAUAAAACAAGGGGAAGUAACAACUUUAAGCAAUGUUGAAGCGAUUGGACUGCCGGUUUGGAAGGAAGAGACUCGUAACGAGUUCAUCAAAGGGAAACUACCCUGCCAAGUAGGCGUGGGUUUAACAUAAUCAACAGAAAAAGAAAAAAAAUCUUAAGUCGUAUUUUUUUUUCGGAAUCUUUCAGGCUAGAGAGCUCCCUAAUUUUGUUGCAGUUGCAAAGGGAGAUAACUGGAAUAUAUGUAAACACGGUUGAUCACCCCCAGAAACAACAGUUAUGAAUUAAACAAAAAGGAUAAAGGUCAAGUUCAGACUAUGGUCGAUGUGGUCUUAGAUAAGCCAUGGAGUGGACCCUAGUGGUCAGGAAAGUAAGGACACUUGAAGGAACUGAGUCAAUAUGAUUCGUCUGUUGGCAGCAUUAAUUGUCCUAAUUGCAACUUUCUUACACAUGGGGUUUACAACCAAUAACAUUCUCCGCCUGAACAUUAAGAAGGACCCAGUGCUGGAUCCCAACACAGUUUGCAAAACCUUCCCAGAGCUACGUUCCCAGCAGUACAACCUGUGCCGGAAGUACCCUGACGUCACCGCCUCAGCCAUCCAGGGGGUCCAAAUAGCAAUCCACGAGUGCCAGUACCAAUUGCGAACACAUAGGUGGAACUGCUCGGCCCUAGAAAAAAAGAACAAAAAUCCUCACACGAGUCCCAUUCUGACUAAAGGCUACAGGGAGACCGCCUUCGCCUACGCCAUUUCAUCAGCAGGAGUGACCCACCAGGUAGCCAAGGCCUGCAGCAUGGGGAAACUCAAGUCCUGCGGAUGUGAUAUGAGCGUGCACGGGAGAAAAGGGCGCCACGCAGAGGAGGACUCGGAGAAAACGUUCGAAUGGGGCGGCUGCAGCCACAAUAUAGAUUUCGGCGCCAAGUAUGCCAUGAAGUUCCUGGACAGGAAAGAGUCCGCCGCGGACGUACAUUCCCAGAUCAACGUUCACAACAACAGAGCGGGGAGAUUGGCUGUCAUCAAGAAUGUCAGGGAGCAGUGUAAAUGUCAUGGAAUGUCCGGGUCGUGUGAGCUGGAGACCUGUUGGAAGGCGGCGCCUGAUUUUCGCAAAGUGGGGGACCUGCUCAGGCGAAAGUAUGACCUGGCUUCUAAGGUACAGGUUGAUAUUAGCAAUACGGCCAAGACAAGACUUUUCAAGAGCAACGGUCAAAAACCUCAAAAGAUGGAACUACUUUUCUAUGAGAAAUCACCAAACUACUGUGAGGAGAAUCCCAACUUAGACUCUCCUGGCACUACCGGCAGAGACUGCAAUAAAAGUAGUACCGGUAUAGACAACUGUGACACUCUGUGCUGUGGGCGGGGCUACAAUACUCUUAAAGUCAAACGCUCCGAACGUUGCCAUUGUAAAUUCCACUGGUGUUGCUACGUUGAGUGUCAGACUUGUACGUACACAGAAUGGGUCACCGUCUGCAAAUAGUACGUUGAUGACAUCUAUCUUGAUUGUAAAGCAUGGCCAUUUUCAUAAAGCUAUGAUGAAAUGCGAUUAGCAUUCUUAUUUCCACAUUAUAAUGGUUGUAGAUAUACGUUGAUUUCGGACUAUUCCGAAAAAAACUUUGCCGACAGACAAGCUUUGAAAAGAUCUCUUUGCAGCAAAGCAUGAAAUUUAUUUAUAAAUUAGAACGACUGACCUGAGUCAAGACAGUUUGAAAUAUUUACAAAAUGAUUUUAAAACAUUUAGCAAAAUGCAAAUGUUUACUUGACAUUAUCGAUGUGAAGGUAGAAUAUAUUAAUUAGUCUAUUUCAUCUUUCAGUUUGACCAUGUAAAGCCAACUUGUGCCUUUUGUAGAAAUAUGAUGGAUUCUAACUCAUGAGAGCCUAUAUUUGCAUUGUUGUAGGCUAAGUGCAAGUAAAUUGAGGAAAUUCAAGGUUUUUAUUUUUUUACAUGUUCGUCGCGUAUGUCGAAGAAAACUUUGUUAUGCGGUGUGUUACUUGUCGCAGCUAAACUGUAACUUAUAGUGCUAAAUGUUACUUUGUGGAUGUAAGUUUUAGAUGUUAUUUGCAUUGGUUAAUUUCAUGAUUAUUUUAAAUUAAGUUUAAAUUAAGCUAUGCCUUAAUGAAUUAUUGGUAAAUUAUUCUUGCUCUGUCUCAAUGGGUGAUUGCCGAAUCAAGACCAUUAGUUAUAGAAGGCCUCAACACUGACCUGCAACGUCACAGCCUGCGGGCAGUUUCGACCAGUAUCUCGUUGCUACAUCGUACAGACCUGUGACAUGGCAAAGAGCUAUUGGUUUAAAGUGCCAACAGGUUAUGACGUUGCUGGCCAGUGUUCAGGCCUUCCGUGACGAUUGGUCUCGGUCGAAUGAAUUUGAGACCGAGUAUUCUGACUUAAUUCUAGCUGUACUAGUCAUGAUUAGGACACAAUGACAGAAAGCACUGGUGUCGUUGUAAUUUGCAACUUUGAUUGUAAACAACUUUUAAACUGCGGAAACGGCUAUCUCGGCCUCGAACACAUAGAGUCGAAAUGGAUGAUUGUCAAAUGUAGCUUGAAUGAUUGUUGAAUGUAGCUUGCAUUAACUCAAUGAAUGAUUGUCGAAUAUAGGUUACACAGACUCAAUGAAUGAUUGUCGAAUAUAGAUUACACAGACUCAAUGAAUGAUUGUCGGAUAUAGAUUACACAGACUCAAUGAAUGAUAGUUAAAUGUUUCAUACACUUUUAUAUUCUAUGGUAGUUAGAAGGAGCACAUAUUGCUUUUUUUUUAUAAUUCUUGCAAUCCUUUUAAGUUUUGAACUAUUAGCAAAGGUGAAGUCUUCAUUUUGUGAGCUCAUUGUUAGUCGUUGGUUUUUUUUUUUCUUUUCCACCAGGUACUUGUUUUUACCAAGUUAAUUGUACAAAUAUACAAAUAUACCUAUUUAUUUUUAUGAGUACUGCAUCAAGCCCUCAACUCUUCCCCUCAACAUUUGCAGUCACUCUUCUACCUUCUUUUUUUUUUCUUCAACGUAAAAUCCAUCUCAGGGGCGAUACAGUUAAUGGAGGGCUCGGGUCUGCCUCAACACAUCUCUCCACUUAGAUCUUUUCUAAGCCUUUCGUCUCCAUGCCCGAACCCCCAAGAUGUUAUAGAUCUGCCUCUACAUCAUUAAUCCAUCGUAUUUGUCGUAUGCCUUUAGGUCGCCUACCUUUGUUAUACAAUUUUGCUCCACUGUUCUAUGACAUUCUUUAGAGGUGACCUGUCAACAUAGACUGUUCUUUUUAUUUUGUUUAUUUCUUCUACAACACAGCGCUUAGUAAUUUUAAAUUGGUUCUCCGGUCGAUUCGAUCCCUUCACAUUUGAUUUUCGAUUUAAAUAGAUUUGUUUUCAAUAGAGUUCACGUUUUUUUUUUUCAAUUUGUCGUUGACAUCUAGAUUGUGUUGUUUCUACAGAUGUCUCCAAAUUCCAAAACAAAAGUAGGACUAAACUCUGCUUUAUUAAGUAGUCUCCAUUGCAUUAGCUGCUUUUAUAAUUUAAUUAGCGGAAAUUUUGAGCAAACUUAAUUAUAGACUACUUAUUAGCUUACAAUUCGUCUAAAACAACAUUUUAAAGUUUAGUUUCCUUUUUAUUAAAUUAACGCUAGGAAUAGGUUUGUAAAACAAAACAACACCUUAAACUAUAAAUAGUUGUAAAAAAUGUUUGCAAAAUGUUUUACAUGGUUCGGAUGUUCCUUCCGAGUUGAAGAUAAUUUACUUCCUAGACCAUACCUCCCGCAGGACGACGGGGAUGGGAGCGGGCAAUGUAUGAACCCGGGACCAUCGACAAGUCCGAACGGCAGUCCAGCGCGCAUACCGCACGACCAGGCAGCUAGUUAUAGGAAGGUCUUAUUAUUGACUGGUAGAUCUGGACAAUCGACAUUAUGCCUUGGUAGGCAAUUAUUAAGAUGAAGCUAUGCCAAAAACUGUGAACAACGAUAGACGAGGGUAGACUACUAUGCACAAUAGGUAGUUAGCACAAAACCGCUGUUACUUCCCUUAGUUGAGACCAGGGCGGACUGGCUAUAUGGGCAUUAAGGCAAAUGCCCGGUGGGCUGCUACCCAAAUGGGCCGUUUGGGUCACUGAAAGGGCCACAUAGAUGCCACUAUGUAUUAAAUUUUUAAAGGUUUUAUAAUAUUUUCUUAUAAAUGAGCCCUCUGUGCGUCGUGUUAAAAAAAUCUCUAUACAGUGUAAUCUAACAAAUUUUCAGAAAUAUUGUAAUAGCCUACAUCCGUAGAAAGUGAUACUAGAUCUAGAAGAAGUCAUCUUUUUAGGGGCUACACACUUGCCGAUUAAAAAGCAACAUACUCUUCCUAUCAAGAAUAUAGAGAUUACUGUAUGCAUGUGUAGCUAUCGAUGCCCCGACUCAAUAGAACGAUUUUGAUGACAGGUAGGCCUAGAAUUGGAUACCCAUCAUAUGAUUUGCAAUUUACGGGCCUGAUUGUAUAGAAAUUCCCGGGCCGAUGUUGACACACAGUCCGCCCUUGGUUGAGACUAUUCAGAAAUUGGGUUGGGUAACUCACGGAAUUGCUGUUUAUCUAGAUACUACAGAAGUGCGAUUACAAUCAAGGGAACAGGGGCGGACUGGAUAUGUGGGCAUUUGGGCAAAUGGCCGAUACUCAAAUGGGCCUAAAGGGCCUCAUGAAUGCCACUAUGGCACGCAUUAAAUUGUUAAAGGUUUUAUAAUAUUCUCAUAUAUAAGGGGCUAUAUGAGCGUCAUGUUAAAAACAUCUUUUACAGACUACAGUGUAAUACUAAUUUAAUCUAACACAUUUUCAAAAAUAUUGUAAUAGCCUACAUCCGUAGACAGUGCUAUUAGUAGGCUUCAUCCUUUAGGGCCUACAAACAUAACGAUUAAAAAGCAACAUAAGGCCUAUAUUUCUUAUAAAGAUAUAGAGCAUACAUACAGUUAUCGUUACAUUAUAAAAAAAUAACAUAAUGAUAUUGAGAUCAGAUGGGUCUAUUAUUGAAGUCCCAUCAUAUGAUAUACAAUUUAUGGGCUGUACUGUAUAGGAAUGCCUGGACCGAUUUUGACAUCCAGUCCGCCCCUGCAAGGGAUCCUCUUCCCAUACCUGGCCCGUGAUGCAGUGCUUUCUGACCCCUCGAACCCUGGCAUGAUGAAGCUGUCACAGCUUACUUUCAUGUUCAACAUCUUCAGAUUACACAUGAUGAGAAGACUAGCCAGAAAAGAGUUGAUGAAGAGUCUAUUGGCCCCAAGUUUGCAUUAAUUAUUUAAAACGCUUUAAAAAAAUAAUUAACAGAUUUUGAAGAGCUCUGUGGAAUAAGUUUCCAUAAGAAUAAUUUUGAAUAUACGUUAAUUAAUGUCAUCUUAGUGUCUUGCAUUUGAGCUCAAGUUGCAGUAGGCCCCAUAUUAGUUACACAACUGAAAAUCGUUGUUGCUUUUAAUAUUGAGAAAUGGAGUUCUUGUAAUACGAUACAAUUACGGAUAAAAUUAUCUUGUGUGCCUGUAUCAUAGACUAUAUAUAUAGUCAUAUAGUCUAUGGCCUGUAUCGCGUGAAAAUGAUUGACUAUUGCAAUGAUCUAUAAAAUUAAAUUGUUUUAUUCAAUUUACGAUGUUGAUUACGUGUUUGAAAAGAAAGUGUGCAUGUUCAUUGUACAA